UCUGGUCACACCAUGCUCUGAUUUUCCGGGCUCCUGCCCGAAAAUAAUAUAAAAUAACACCGGCUCAACGAAGCAAAUGUCACCGAAAGCGGAGGUGGCUUAAACAGCACCUGGAAACUUGUAUCACCUUUUUCCCACCGCUGGAGUAACCAGAACCAGAGUUCAGUCUCCAUUGCUAUAGCCGUGAGCCUAAAAUGACACAGAAGGUAACCAAGCUAGCGCUAGCCAGCCGCAUCAUCGUGCUUUUGGUCCAACUUGUGGCCAAUGGAGCUCUACCGGAUCACACGCCGGAUGUAUUCCGGAUGCCGGUCUCGCACGAGUCAAAGGGUUGCUGUGGGUGGAUUGACAAGCUGGUAAUGCGUUGCUUUGGCGGAUUGAGACACUGGGAUGGGGAGUACUUUCUGCACAUUGCCGGUAACCUGUACUCCUAUGAGAAUACCUUGGCAUUUUACCCUCUGUAUCCGGUUGUUGUACGUCACGUGUCGCAGGCGUUGGAGCAUCUCGGACUUUCCUUAUCCCAGGAAUCACUCCUGUUGCUGGUGGCUGUCGGUCUAAACCUCUGGAUCUUCUGCGAGUCGGCUAAUCUACUGUUCCAGCUCACCCACCGAAUGUUUAACGAUCUUAACAAGAGUUGGAAUGCAGCGCUUAUAUACUGCUUCAAUCCGGCGACCAUUUUCUUCUCGGCUGCCUACUCGGAGUCCUUUUUCGCUUACGCCAGUUUCUACUUGAUGCUGGAGUGCUUAAAGCCGGCAGAUAGUUUCCGGUAUUUGCGUGUGGGAGCCGCUUUAGCCGCCUGUGUGGUGUGUCGUUCAAAUGGAUUGAUCACCUUGGGAUUCCCGUUGUACUUCUUCGUGCGGCAUCUGCUGGUCAAAAACAAGGAACAAAGCACAUUCUGGCAACUGAUACAGAUGAUCCUAACCAUUCUGGGAGCCAUUGGGAUUCUACACACGUACUAUUUCUACAUUUACAGGCUGUACUGCAUGCCUUCCAUAGAGGAACACCACCCCCAACACAUCGUGGACUACGCAGAGGAGAGGAAGUACCUAUUGUCUGGACAGGGUUCUAAAGGAUCUCCCUGGUGCCAGUACACCUUGCCAUUUCCAUACACGUAUGUGCAAUCUCACUACUGGAAUGUGGGUUUCCUACGAUACUACAAGUGGAAACAGCUGCCCAACUUUGUACUGGCCCUACCCAUGCUGAGUUUCAUGCACUGGCACUGCUACAGUUACUUGCAUGAUUUCAUCAAGGGGGUCUGGACUAAGGUCACGUCGUCUGGCUUUAGGGAGCUGGUUAAGGAGAACAUCACAUUCCCCUUCGUAAUGCACGCUGCGUUUCUUACCAUCGUCUGCACGAUUUUUGUACACAUCCAGGUAUCUACACGACUACUGGCCUCAGCCACACCUGUGUUCUACUGGUUUGCUGCUGACCACAUGCCCAAGACACUGGCACAACUAAAGUUGCGUUCCAAGGCGGGAGCUCUCUUCAUAUGGUGUACUAGCUACAGUUUGGUGGGGACGGUACUUUUUAGCAAUAAUUACCCCUGGACGUAAGCUACUUAAGCAAUGUCGAAGGCGAAGAGGAAACUGGAGGGCCCGCUGGUUGCCAAAGAGACUGUUCAUCCGCAGGGAUAGCUUUUUUAGUCUGUAAAUAAUCGUCCAAGUUCUCUAAAUUGAAUUAAUAAUUGUUGAGGCGCUCAAAAGUAUUGGAUUUCCAUUUAAGUUUCCGUCAACAAAUUGAAAAAUUAAAAAUUGUUCAUAGCUUUGGCUGAUUUUUAAAAACAAA